ACAAGUAUGUAAUAUUGUGUACAUCACUGUAAGAGAUUGUGCUCCACACUGUACAUUACAUAAUUCGAUGCUCAUUAGUAUAGUCUGUGGAAUGAAAGUAUUAACAUUAGAUUUACGCGAUGAGCUAAUUUAUAAUGAGAAACUUAAUUCUCAAAAACGACAUGUGCGAGCGGAAUGACGCUGACGGAAACAAUCCUUCCACAUCCGAUUUUCAUAUCGAGAAUCCCCGUAAAACGGUUGUGGAUCUGCGACAAUUGUUAAAAGAUAAAAUUAACAAAAACGAGAUAUUUUGUAGCUUCGAAAUUGUUUCCACGAGGAAAUCCGAUGCGUUUUAUCGAAGGCUUCUCAUAGAUAUGGAAGAGUAUUCGCCCCUGUUUUAUGCGUUAACGUGGCAUAACGAAACAUCUUCCGACAUUGAUGGCUAUCUGCCAUUGGAUCUGGUGAAGAAUUUUCCGGCCAAUACUCUUUUACAUCUAGCAGCUAAAGGUCUAAAGUGUGACGAGGUCAUUUAUAUUCUGAAAAAAGCUCUUGCUUUCGGAAUAAUUAAUAUAUUUGCAUUGCAAGGAGAUUCGUUAUCAGAGAAUGGUGACUUCGAACAUGCAGCGGAUCUAGUAGAUUUUAUCAGACAGCGAUUUGGUAAUACGUUCUGCGUGUGCGUUGCGGGUUAUCCACAAAUGCAUCCCGAAUCGCCGUCUAAGGAGCUCGACUUGCAUUACCUGAAAGCGAAAGUGGAGGCGGGUGCGGAUUUUAUCAUAACGCAAAUAUGUUUCGAUUCUCGAGUCUUAAUAAAUUUCGUGAGGGAUUGUCGAGAAAUCGGGAUCCAAAUCCCGAUUCUACCUGGGAUUCUCGCCCCGACAAAUCACGCGUGUCUAGAAAAAAUGAUAGACAUAUGCAGACUCGGCGUACCGAUUAAAAUUAAAGAAGAUUUAGCACAAAUAAAGGACGAUGAUCAAGCGGUGAGGAAAUAUUCAGUCGACUUGAUAACGCAGAUAAUUACGGACGUGAUUAGAAAUGGAGCCACGUAUGGUUUUCAUUUGUUCACACUGAAUAGAUUAUCGCUAGUGGCGGAAAUAUGUAAACGCAUAGAAUCUUUCAAAGCUGAAAACCUAUAG